CAUCUGUUGCAGGUAAAUCCAUUCUACUGUGUCACAUAAAAUCUUUUGUUUUAAGCAAAAUGUUUAAAUGUUUGUGUCAUGUGUCUGACAGGUUCUCAGAUCAGAUUAGCUGGGUCUAGGUCCACUCUGUGCUCUGGAAGAGUUGAAAUUUAUUACGGUGGUGCCUGGGGAACAGUCUGUGAUGAUAACUGGGACCUGAAUGAUGCUAAAGUGGUUUGCAGACAGUUGGGCUGUGGUACAGCGCUGAACGCCAUGGCAUCGGCCCACUUUGGUGAAGGAACUGAGAAAAUCUGGCUCGAUGAUGUGAACUGUUCAGGAAGUGAAAGGUCUCUCGCUGAGUGUCGGCAUAGAGGGUUUGGGACACAUGACUGUGGACAUGGUGAGGAUGCUGGUGUGAUCUGUUCAGGUGUCAGAUUAGCUGGGUCCACUCGAUGCUCUGGAAGAGUUGAAAUCCUUCACAGCAACACCUGGGGCACAGUCUGUGAUGAUAACUGGGACCUAAAUGAUGCUGAGGUGGUUUGCAGAGAGUUGAGCUGUGGUACAGCGCUGAGUGCUCCUCCCAAAGCUCUGUUUGGUCAAGGAACUGAUAAAAUCUGGCUUGAUGAAGUGAACUGUUCAGGACAAGAAAAGUUUCUAAGUGAGUGUCAGCAUAGAGGAUUUGAGAGACAUGACUGUGGACACGAUGAAGAUGCUGGUGUGGUCUGUUCAGUGAGCCUGCCAAAGCCCAGCAUCUCCAUGAGUCCUGCUGAUGAGGUUACCUGGGGUCAGGAUGUCAGCUUCACUUGUUCCAAUUCAGCUGAGUUCCAAAGUGGAACAUUUAUUCUGAAAAAAACUUCAGGCUCAUUUAAUAAGACUCAAAUGUCACAUUCCAACUCUGCUGCCUUCAGUAUCCCCACGGUGGACUUUGAUAAAGAGGGAUCGUACCAGUGUCAGUAUGAGAAAACAAUUUCAGGUCAAACUUUCAGCUCCCACCUAAGUGACUCUGUCAAGCUCUCUGUUACUGUGAGCUUCCCAGAGCCCAGCAUCUCCAUGAAUCCUGCUGGUGAGGUUACUUGGCGUCAGGACGUUGGUAUCACUUGUUUGAUCCAAACUCAGGUUUUAGGUGGAACAUUCAUUCUGCAGCAGACGUCAGGCUCAUUCAGAAAGACACAAACAUCAAGUACCAGCUCUACUACCUUCAACAUCCCCAAAGUCGACUUUGACAACCAGGGAUCAUACCAGUGUCAGUAUGAGAGAAGUGGCCCAAGUCGUAACUUCAGAUCUCCUCUCAGCAACACUCUUAGACUCCUUAUUUCUGUGAGACUGCCACAGCCCAGCAUCUCCCUGAUGUCUCCUAAUGAGGGGCUGGUCCUGAGUCCUGAAGGUGCAGAGGUCACCAGGGGUUACAGCUUUGUCAUCACCUGCUCCAUAAACUGCAGCUAUCCUGAUGGCCGUUUCUUUCUCAUCUUCUCUGGCUCCAACAUCAUCAGCACCAAGUCAGCAGUCAACCACUCAGCCUCCUUUUACUUCCCUGUAGCAGAGUAUGAACACCAGGGCAACUACAGCUGUGUGUACGAAGUCACACUGUCUGCACGGAGAUUCAAUUCCACUGAGACAACACCAAUUAUUGUCAUUGUUAAAGCGCCUUUGUUGCCGCUGGUCUCCUCAGUAGCUUCUGGGAUCCUGCUGCUACUCCUGCUGAUCUUGUUAGUGAUUUGCCUGGUCCACAGGAGAAGACGACAAGCUGAGCAGCCUGGAGUCCUUGUCCUAAGUCCAUUGACUGACAGAGCUGGGAAUGACUAUGAAGAUGAGUAGGACGAGGACUAUGUGAAUGUUGAUUUAUUGGACACAAAGAAGAAACUCAAAGAGGAAGCAGGGAGAUUAGAAGAAGAGUGCAUCUAUGAUUGUGAGGACCCAGAGAGUGACAAAGAUAAUGACUAUGAGGAAGCAGGUCCCACACCAAGUUCCGUAAUGGCUAGUGAGGUCCUUUUCACUGCAGAGGAGAGCAGGGAGGAUGAGGUAGAAAAUGAUGAUGAAGAAGAUGAAAGCAGUGAUGAUGAAAAUGACUAUGAAAAUAUAACUGAAUCAAUUUGUGAGCAAACUGUGGAAAUUAAUGGACAAAAUGAGGAUAUUUAUCAAAACUUUUAAGUGUCUACUUGUCACAUAGUUUAGCUUGACAGAGGACAGUUUUUUUUGCCAAAUUAAAAGUACAAUUGCCAGUAAAAGUGCAGGGACAGGUAAAUGUGGAAUGAUGCUACAAAUAUUGUAGCUUGGACUUACUCAAAGAUAAUAGGACUGCCAAUGUGUAUAUGUUUGUAGAUGCCCUGCCAGUUCUGUCAGACCUGCCCCUAUAAUAAAAUGGCCAAAGGAGGAGGUCAUUGUCAAGAUCUGGAAAACUCUUCACAGUGAAUGGGUUCAGUACACAUUAAAUGAUGUGAUCAGCUUCGGGUACAGAACCAGACCAUUCCGGGCAUUUCUGAAGUAUUUUAGGUUUUAUUCCAUGAAUCUUGAAGCAUAGGGUGUAAUACCAAAAUUACUCUCUUCCUGGAUUCCUUGGAUUAAGACAAAUCAGUACAGGCCAUAUAUUGUAUUUAAAUAUGGAUGAACCCUCACCGCUUCCCUCUACUAUGCAGAAGUGAAGCCAAUUUUUUGUGAACAC